GCAUUUCAGUUGUUUGUGCGACGGGUUCAGGUGCGGUGGCGGUAUUAGCGGCACUCCGGCGUCCGAUUAUCGGUCAAAUCCAUUAUAAAACAAUUAAUAUCCGCAGCGCUUCUGCACCCAGUAUUAUUGGUGUUUGUGCAGCCAUUUACUUGUGCUAAUUCCGAUGAUUCAGCGGACAAUUACUCAUAAAAGAUAUCGCCUAUAAUGCCCAGUGUUGUGCCCAGUUGUGCCAAAAAGUUGUGAUAAGCCACCGUGGAACGCAGUGCCAUGAAACUGCUGCUGAAAGUUCACUCGGAGCGCACGGCGCGCAGGAGACGUACACCGGAACCCAGUUUAGCCCACUCCCGGGAUUCUUCAAGCAUCAACAGCAACAACGCAAAUGGCAGUGGCAACGCCAAUCGUGGACGUGAUAAAUCGCCAUCAAAACAACUGACCCGUAACACCAUCCUGUUGAUCACGCUGAUCCUGUUGGUCCUGGCCACCAGCUUGGUGGUGCUCUACGUGGAGCUCAAUCGACCCCGGCCCGAGUUGCCGAGCAACAAGGCCAUCUACUUUGGCAACAACUACGACCACGACACGUUUCCGAAUUUAGGAAACGGCCAUCUGGUCAUCGACAGGAAGCAGUGGGGAGCCUCCAAGACGCGAGCCCUGACCAUUCCCCUGCGGCGACCCAUUCCCUACGUCCUGAUCACCCACAUCGGAGUGCAGUCGCUGCCCUGCGAGAACAUCUACAAGUGCUCCAUCAAGAUGCGCACCAUCCAGGACUCCGCCAUUGCCGAGAAGAGUCUGCCGGACAUUCAGUCUAAUUUUUAUGUUUCGGAUGAAGGCAAUAUCUACGUAGGCCGCGGCUGGGACUGGGCCAACACGUAUGCGAACCAGACGCUGGCCAUUACCUUUAUGGGCGACUACGGCCGGUUUAAGCCCUCCGCAAAGCAGCUGGAGGGAGUCCAAUUUCUGCUGGCCCAUGCAGUGGCCAACAGGAAUAUCGAAGUGGACUACAAACUAGUGGCCCAAAAUCAUACCAAGACCACCAAGAGUCCGGGGGCUUAUGUCUAUCAAGAAAUCCGGAACUGGCCGCACUUCUACGGCUGCGGAAUGGACGGGGCCCAGGCCUGCGGCAUCGAACUGGGAAUGAAACCGGAAUCGUGGGAUGCCAAGCAAUAGCGACAGACUUCUUACCACCUAAGUGUAUCCAAGCACAAAAUAUAUUUAAUACCUUAUACUAA